AAAGAAAGAAAAAAGAGAUGAAAGAGAGAAAGAAAGAUCGUGCGCGCGGAUUGGGCGGGGAACCGACAACAGUCAGUCCGCCAUAUGCAAAAGAAGACGGAACGGUCGUGGGUUGUGAGAAUGGUGGGGGUAAACGAAGAUAGGGUGGGGAUAUGCGCGAGAGUGGUGGCUCGAUCAGCGCGAGACUCCGACUACCUUCAGUUGUAUCAGAACCACCGUACGGUUCGAAUGUCAUUCCGUUAGGUUGCGCGUAUUUUUUCCUCCUAUCGAUAGAUACGUGUAUAUAUAUAUAUACACACACAUACAUAUACAUCUAUACGUAAGGCAGUAGUGUGUUGUUGAGUGAGUGCGCGCGCGAUAGUGUAAGUGCGCGCGCGUACCGUAGGCGCUCCAAAGAGAAAACCCGAAGUGAAGAGGAACUAACUAACGAACGAACGAACGAACGAACGAAGGAACGAACGAGCAUUACUAUCGUGAAAUCGUAUACGAGUAAAAGUUAUAUGUAUAAACGAGAUCGAUCGAUCUACCGAUGUGAAUAAACGUUUUAUUCUUACAUAGUCGUCAUAGUCGUCGAAUACAUACAUCGUCGUGUUCUUUUUCUUCUUAAUUCUUUUUUUUUAAUUCUUUUUCUUCAUCAUCAUCAUCAUCAUCGUUAUCGUCAUCGUCAUCUUUAUUAGAUUUUAUUCCGGAUUUGUGAGAGAUUUUUCGAUUAUACGAUCUUUCGAUUUUUCGAUAAUACGAUUUACGAUCAUUAAAAUUCAUUUAUAAACGUUUUAUGUUCAACGAUCGAAGGUUCUUUUUUCAGACCAUUUACGAAGGAUAAAGUUGAAGAGAGAGUGAGAGAGAGAGAGAGAGAGAGAAAGAGAAGAGUGUGUGUGAGAAAGAGAGAGUGAAAGAAAGAGAGAAAGAGAGUGAGUGAGAGAGAGAGAUAGAUAGAUAGAUAGAAAGAAAGAAAGAAAGAAAGAAAGAAAGAAAGAAAGAAAGAAAGAGACAUUUACAAGUGGCUCGUCUCGACCGGUGCGAACGCACACGCACCCGCCGCCUCUCCAACGAUUUCGAUCGACAACGUGAAGUCAGCUACGAGUUGUUCCGGCGUAUCGCCGACAAAGAAGUGUGUGUCGCCAUGACUAAUUCGAUCGGCUAAAAGUUGUAGUGAUCGAGGCGUUUACCUCUGAUUUCGAGGUAUUUGGAAACACGCGAAAGAAAAGCGCUGCAAAAUGGGUGAAAUUCUUGGUUCGGCGAGUUUCCUCCAUCUCGGCGAUAUCGUCAGUCUCUACGCCGAGGGAAGUGUUUCAGGUUUUCUUUCAACAUUGGGAUUGGUAGACGACAGGUGCGUCGUAUGUCCCGAAGCUGGAGAUUUGACGAAUCCACCGAAAAAGUUCAGAGAUUGCCUCUUCAAGAUAUGUCCUAUGAAUCGUUAUUCCGCCCAAAAACAAUUUUGGAAGGCGGCAAAGCAAAGUGGCAGUUCGGGUACAGACGCUGGAUUAUUGAAAAGACUUCAUCAUGCCGCAGAAAUCGAAAAAAAGCAAAAUGAAACAGAGAAUAAAAAAUUAUUGGGCUCCAUCGUCUCUUAUGGCAAUGUUGUUCAGCUUUUACAUUUGAAGUCAAAUAAGUUUUUGACUGUUAACAAGAGAUUACCUGCGCUUCUUGAGAAGAACGCAAUGAGAGUAUAUCUAGAUGCAAAUGGGAAUGAGGGUUCUUGGCUUUACAUAAUGCCAUUUUAUAAAUUGCGAAGUGACGGAGAUAGCGUAGUAGUUGGUGAUAAGGUGAUAUUAGAACCGGUGAAUGCUGGUAGACAAGGGCUUCACGUAGCGGCCAAUUACGAGCUCAGCGAUAAUCCUGGAUGUAAAGAAGUGAAUGUCGUUAAUUCGUCAACAUCCUGGAAAGUGACACUUUUUAUGGAGCAUAGAGAGAAUCAAGAGGAGAUACUUAAGGGCGGCGAUGUAGUUAGGCUCUUUCAUGCCGAGCAGGAAAAAUUUUUAACGAUGGACGAAUAUAAAAAGAAGCAACACGUUUUUCUUAGGACAACAGGAAGGACUAGUGCGACUGCUGCUACUAGUAGUAAAGCAUUAUGGGAAGUUGAAGUCGUACAACAUGAUCCCUGCAGGGGUGGAGCAGGACAUUGGAAUUCUCUUUUUAGAUUCAAGCAUUUAGCAACGGGUCAAUAUCUUGCCGCUGAGAUUGACACAGACGAGCCUUAUGAGACAAGUAAUAGCAAGCGUGAUCCUGCUGUUCAAGUUUAUAGAUUGGUUUCAGUACCACACAGCAACGAGAUUAGUUCUUUAUUCGAAUUAGAUCCAACCACAUUAACGAGGGGUGAUAGUUUAGUACCUCAAUCUUCCUUCGUUAGGUUACACCAUAUAUGUACAAAUACGUGGGUUCACUCGACGAGUGUACCGAUUGACAAGGAUGACGAAAAGCCAGUAAUGUCAAAGGUUGGUUGUGCGUUAAACAAAGAAGACAAAGAGGCUUUUGCAUUGAGAUCUGUAUCACCGGUAGAAGUACGAGAUUUAGAUUUUGCAAAUGAUGCCUGUAAAGUAUUGGCAUCUAUAAAUUGUAAAUUGGAGAAGGGUACGAUUUCUCAUAAUGAACGGAGGGCCGUAACUAGUUUAUUGCAAGAUAUAGUUUAUUUUAUUGCGGGAUUAGAAAACGAGCAAAAUAAAUCCGAGGCUUUGGAGUUAAUCGUAACGAAUGCGGUUAGAGACCGACAAAAAUUACUCCGAGAACAAUAUAUUCUGGGUCAAUUAUUUAAGAUACUUCAGGCACCAUUUUUAGAGUCGGCCGAGGGUGAGGGACCAUUUCUUAGAAUAGAGGAACUUAAUGAUCCAAGACAUGCACCGUACAAAUAUAUGUUUCGAUUGUGUUAUCGUAUACUCAGACUGUCCCAACAAGAUUACAGGAAAAAUCAGGAAUAUAUUGCCAAACAUUUUGCUUUCAUGCAAAAGCAAAUUGGAUAUGAUAUUUUGGCAGAGGACACGAUCACAGCACUUUUACACAAUAAUCGAAAAUUAUUAGAAAAGCAUAUUACAGCAGCCGAGAUCGAAACGUUCGUAGGUCUUGUAAGAAAAAAUAUGCAUAAUUGGGAAUCCAGAUUUUUAGAUUACUUGUCGGAUUUAUGUAUUUCCAAUAAGAAAGCUAUUGCCGUAACACAAGAAUUGAUAUGUAAAAGUGUACUCAGUGAAAAAAAUAAAGAUAUUUUGUUAGAGACCAGGAUGAUGAAGGUUAAAACUGAAAUGAAAAUGAUCGAUCAAAAGCAAGACAAUGAUGAGUCUCAAGUAAUCGUUAAAGAAAAAGAUGAAGUAUAUCUUUUUUGGAACAAUGCAACGAAAUCAAAGUCUUUAUGCGAGCUAUCGAAGAACGCUAAACUGGGUAAUUUACUGGGACCAGCAAUUUUGGAUUAUUACAGACAUCAAUUGAACUUAUUUAGCAAUAUGUGUCUUAACAGGCAAUAUUUAGCGCUUAACAAUUUAUCAACGCAUUUGGAUAUAGAUCUCAUACUUAAAUGCAUGGAAGAUGAAAAUGUACCAUAUGAAUUACGUGCCUCAUUUAGUCGACUUAUGUUACAUCUUCACGUGGAUAGAGAUCCACAAGAACAAGUGACACCAGUGAAGUAUGCCCGUCUUUGGUCCGAAAUUCCAUUGAAAAUGAGCAUUAAUGAUUAUGAUACAAAUAAAAUGCCCGACGAAAAUAAAGAAGCUGUUCGCGUAAAAUUUAGUUCGACCAUAAAAUUCGUGGAAGAUUAUCUCUGCAAUGUUGUUGCAAAGAUGUGGUCUUUUGCAGAUCAAGAACAAAAUAAGCUUACGUUUGAGGUGGUUAAAUUAGCACGCGAUUUAAUUUAUUUUGGAUUCUACAGUUUUAACGAUCUGUUAAGAUUAACUAAAACAUUAUUAAGUAUCUUAGAUUGUGUCUCUGAAAAUGAUUUCAUUGAUGGGAAAAUACCAACCGGAGAAAUUGACUCCGAAGGAGGAGUUCUCAGAUGUAUUGGAGAUAUGGGUGCUGUGAUGACGAGUUUAACUUUAGGACCGGCUGGACAAGUAUUGGCUGGAAGUACAUCUCCAAGGCCAAAGAUUACUUCAAAGAAAGAAUAUCCCUUGGUGAUGGAUACCAAAUUAAAAAUAAUUGAAAUACUUCAGUUUAUUCUCGACGUUCGAUUGGAUUAUAGAAUUUCUUGUUUAUUGAGCAUUUUCAAACAAGAAUUUGAUGAAACUGAAAAAGCUUCUGGUCAAGACUUAAGUCAACUUUGUCAAAAAACCAUCGAUUUGGAAUCCAUUGGAACACAAGCCGAAGGGAUCUUUGGAAGCAGUGAAGAAUGUGUGGCGUUGGAUCUAGAUGGUCUAGGUGGAAGAACAUUUUUACGCGUUUUACUUCAUUUAGCAAUGCACGAUUAUCCACCUUUAGUAUCUGGAGCUUUGCAUUUAUUAUUUAGACAUUUUAGCCAAAGGCAAGAAGUAUUGCAAGCAUUUAAACAGGUACAACUUUUAGUCUCAGAUAGCGAUGUUGAAUCUUACAAGCAAAUUAAGGCAGAUUUAGAUGUUUUACGGCAAUCAGUUGAGAAAUCUGAACUUUGGGUGUACAAGUCAAAAGCUACAGAAGAACACGGAAAUAAAAAGAAAAAAAGUAAAGAAGACGAAGAGGACUCUUCAACGCCUCGUAAAGCACCACCGCAAUUGUCUACGUCCGAUAAAAAAGGAUCAGCGAUAGAUUUGGAUAUUGGUCCGCCAUUAAGCGUGGAUCAAGCUGAGGAAUAUAAAAAAAUUCAACAAAUAUUAAUACGAAUGAAUAAACUCUGUAUCCAAACAAUACCAGGCGGACAAGUAAAGCCACGUAAACACGAGCAAAGACUUUUGCGUAAUGUUGGUGUCCAUACUGUUGUAUUAGAUUUAUUGCAAGUACCUUUUGACGAUAAAGAAGAUGUUAGAAUGAAUGAGCUAAUGCGUUUGGCACAUGAUUUCUUGCAAAACUUUUGUCUGGGCAAUCAACAGAAUCAGGUUCUGUUGCACAAACAAUUGGAUCUAUUUUUAAAUCCUGGUAUACGAGAGGCACAAACAGUAUGUAGUAUUUUUCAAGACAAUUCUACUCUUUGCAAUGAAGUGAGUGUUAAAGUGAUUCAGCACUUUGUUCAUUGCAUAGAGACACAUGGGAAACAUGUGCAAUAUUUAAGAUUUCUUCAAACUAUCGUGAAAGCGGAAAAUCAGUUUAUAAGAAAGUGUCAAGAAAUGGUGAUGCAAGAGCUUGUUCAAGCUGGAGAAGACGUUUUGGUUUUUUAUAAUGACAGAGCUUCGUUUAAUCAAUUUGUGGAAAUGAUGCGAUCUGAAAGGCACAGAAUGGAUGAAAGUAGUCCACUUAAAUAUCACGUUGAAUUGGUAAAGUUAUUAGCUUGUUGUACUAUGGGUAAAAAUGUUAAUACUGAAAUCAAAUGUCAUAGUCUUUUACCAUUAGAUGAUAUUGUUGCUAUGGUAUCACAUCCAGAUUGUAUACCAGAGGUGAAGGAAGCUUACAUCAAUUUCCUUAAUCAUUGUUACAUAGAUACUGAAGUAGAAAUGAAAGAAAUAUAUAAUUCGAAUCAUAUGUGGUCCUUAUUUGAAAAGUCAUUCAUUGUAGAUAUGACAUUGAUUGCAACACCUAAAAGUGAUCAACAAGAUGCAGAUAUUGCUUUAGAGAAUUAUGUGACAAGCUGUUUAAUGAAUAUCAUUACUACAUUCUUCAGCAGUCCAUUUUCUGAUCAGAGUACAACAGUCCAGAAACAACUGCACGAGGCUAGACUUUAUUGGAGCAUCAAGGAAUGUGACCGGAAUAUUGACAAUAAUCUUGCAAGUUAUACCCGACAGCCUAUAUUUGUCCAGUUACUUCAUGCAGCAUUUAAAGUAUCACAAUGUAUAUGGUUGAAUGCAGGACAAAGAUUCAAUGUAGAAAAUUGUAUAAGAACAUUAUCCGACGUUGCUAAGGGAAGAGGUAUUGCCAUUCCUACUGAUUUGGAAAGUCAAGUUGCAUCUAUGUUUAAUAAAGCAGCGAUGCUUAGCAGGCAAACAAGUAAAUGGCUUCAAGCUGCUAAACAACCGAAAAUAGAACGUACUCAAAGUCAGCUGAUGCGCCUGGAUCGUAGUAUUAUAGAAGGUUUACAAGACAUAGUAUGUUUAUUGGAAGAACAACUUAAACCAUUGGUACAAUCAGAAUUAUCCUUGUUGGUUGAUAUUCUCUAUCGACCGGAACUAUUAUUUCCAGCAGCAACUGAAGCUAGAAAACGAUGUGGAAAUGGUGGAUUUAUUAGGAGAUUGAUCAAGCAUACCGAAAAAUUACUCGAAGAAAAAGAAGAAAAAUUAUGUGUAAAGGUAUUAAAAACACUUCGAGAAAUGAUGGCGAUUGAUCCUGAAUACGGGGAAAAAGGGGAUGCAUUAAGGCAUAAUUUAUUGACACGUUACUUCGGGAAGACAUUUAUUCAGAAGCCUGAAAAUGUUGAAAUUGGAGUAUCCUGUACAAUGGCUGUAACUCAUGGGCCAGGAGCUAAGAUGUUAAGUCGUGCAGGAAGGACUUUGCAUGAAGUUCAAAGCCAUUUAGACAAGGAAGGUGCUUCAGAUUUGGUUGUAGAACUUGUUAUUAAAAGUGUACACUCUCCUAGUAUAUUUGUUCAAGUUGUUGAAUUAGGAAUUGCACUUUUGGAAGGUGGCAAUCCGAUUAUACAAAAAAGUGUAUUUAAUAAAUUGAUGGGUGCUGAUUUAAGUCAAUCAUUUUUCAAGGUUUUUUAUGAUAAAAUGAAAGAUGCGCAACAGGAGAUUAAGUCAACCGUGACUGUGAAUACAUCCGAUAUAACGGCAAAAACUAAUGAGGAUAAGGAACCAAAUAAGGAAAUAGAUAAAAUAUCAAGAAAACGUGUAACAGGUAAGCUUAAUGGAAUCGUUUGUACCGAUGAUUUACGAGAUGAUUUAAAUACAACUACGAUGACUAAUGCUCAAGUAUAUGGGAACACGCGUAAUCUUCUACCUGGGGAAGAUGUAACAAAUAAUGCAGUGGAAGAAAUGAUCGGUGACAAAUUGGAAAGAACACGCGCUGAGCCUACGCCUGGCGUUGAAAAGGAUGAUACUCAGCUUAGCGUAAAAGUAUUAGUAAUGCAACCAAUCUUACGUUUUUUACAAUUAUUGUGCGAAAAUCAUAAUCAUAAUCUUCAGAAUUUUCUUCGGAAUCAAAACAAUAAAACCAAUUUUAAUUUGGUAUCCGAAACUCUAAUGUUUCUUGAUUGUAUUUGCGGCUCGACAACCGGUGGAUUAGGCUUACUUGGAUUAUAUAUUAAUGAAAAUAAUGUUGCAUUAAUUAAUCAAACUUUGGAAACACUGACAGAAUAUUGUCAAGGACCUUGUCAUGAUAAUCAGAAUUGUAUUGCAAUACACGAGUCUAAUGGUUUAGAUAUUAUAACGGCUUUGAUAUUGAAUGAUAUUAAUCCUUUGGGUAAAACUAGAAUGGAUUUGGUAUUGGAACUGAAAAAUAAUGCAAGUAAAUUGUUAUUGGCUAUUAUGGAAAGUAGAGGUGACAGCGAGAACGCUGAAAGAAUAUUGUACAACAUGAAUCCAAAGCAAUUAGUUGAUGUGGCAUGUAGAGCAUUUCAUCAAGAAUCAUUGGAUGAUGUAACUGAUAUUGAUGAUUCAUCGACUAAUGGAGAGGAAGGAGUAUCUCCUAAAGAGGUCGGCCAUAAUAUUUAUAUCUUAUGUCAUCAAUUGGCUCAACAUAAUAAAGAGUUAGCAACUAUGUUAAGGCCGUCAGAAGAAAAUAAUGCAGAUCCUAAAAUCAAUAAAGCAUUGCAAUAUUAUGCAUCGCAUACAGCUCAAAUUGAAAUUGUUAGGCAUGAUAGAACAUUAGAACAAAUAGUUUUUCCUAUACCAGAAAUAUGCGAACUUAUUACCGUUGAUACGAAGAUUAAAGUGUUACAUACCACUGAACGUGAUGAUCAAGGAUCAAAAGUAUCAGAUUUCUUUGAAAGAACGGAGGAUAUGUUUAAUGAAAUGAAAUGGCAAAAGAAACUUAGAGGACAGCCAGUAUUAUUUUGGAUGAGCAGUUACAUGUCAUUGUGGAGUAAUAUUUUAUUUAACUGUGCUGUCCUUAUAAACUUAAUUGUAGCUUUCUUCUAUCCAUUUGUAGAUUCUGUACCAAAACUCGGUUCUCAUUUGUCAGCUCUUAUUUGGGCUGUAAUGCUUUCAUCUGCAGCUAUUGUCAUUACAUUGCCACGGGAAUCGGGUAUACGUACGUUAGUUGCGUCAACAAUUUUACGAUUAAUAUUUUCUAUAGGACCAGAACCAACUUUAUGGUUACUUGGAUUUGUUACGAUCGUUUUAAAGAUCAUUCACCUAAUAAGUAUUAUAGGAAAUCAGGGGACCCUAACUAAAAGUUUAGAACAAAUAAUAACAAAUGGUGAAAUAUUAUAUCACGCAUCAUAUUUAAUAUUUUGUGUAUUAGGACUUUUGAUGCAUCCAUUUUUCUAUUCGGUUUUGCUUUUCGAUGUGGUUUAUCGAGAGGAAACAUUGCUCAAUGUAAUAAGAUCUGUAACGAGAAACGGAAGAUCUAUCAUACUCACUGCUGUAUUGGCUUUGAUUUUAGUUUAUAUGUUUUCUAUUAUUGGAUUUAUGUUCUUUAAAGAUGAUUUUCUGGUUAGCGUUGAUGAAGAAAUUAUUCCAACAUUUGACGAUGAAACUAUCAAUACUUGUAAAAUUAGUAAUAAUGAAAAGUGUGAACCAACUGAAACAAUGUCACGAUAUAUACGUGAAGUUAAUGAACAAGGAAAUAAUCAAGAUUUGGUUAAUAUUGGCGGUGAAAUAAAAGAACGGGCAUGUGAUUCAUUAGUUAUGUGCAUUGUUACAACAUUGAAUCAAGGUUUAAGAAAUGGCGGAGGAAUAGGUGAUGUUUUAAGAGCACCGUCAAGCACAGUAAUAUCAUUUUGUGAACCACUGUUUGUUGCUAGAGUCGUAUACGACUUACUAUUCUUCUUCAUAGUGAUAAUUAUUGUUUUGAAUCUCAUAUUUGGUGUUAUCAUCGAUACGUUUGCUGAUCUUAGAUCGGAGAAACAACAGAAAGAAUUGAUUUUAAAGAAUACUUGUUUUAUUUGCGGUUUAAAUAGAUCAGCUUUCGAUAAUAAAACUGUAUCUUUCGAGGAACAUGUUAAACAUGAACAUAAUAUGUGGCAUUACCUUUAUUUCAUCGUUUUGGUAAAGGUAAAAGAUCCAACAGAGUUUACAGGUCCGGAAUCAUAUGUUUAUGCAAUGGUGAAGGAUAGAAAUCUUGAUUGGUUUCCACGAUUAAGAGCAAAAUCUUUAGCAGCUGAUGAGGGUGAAGGAGAACAAGUAGAACUGAGAAGUUUACAGUCACAAUUAGAAACUACUCAACAAUUGGUGAAAUGUCUUUCACAGCAACUCACAGAGUUACGUGAUCAGAUGACGGAACAAAGAAAACAAAAACAACGUCUUGGUCUUUUAAAUUCUGCAUCUCCGCUUUUACACAAUAUGUAAGCGAAGAUUUAAAAAAAACGCUACGGAUAUAAUAUAUAUAUAUAUAUUAUAUAUAUAUAUAUAUAUACAUAUAUAUAUAUUAAAAAUUUUAAAUAAAUAAUUUAAAUUUAUACGGAGAUCUGUAUAAAUUUAAAACUAAAUUGCUAUAUCCUCCUUAGCCGUAGCUGCAUUUUACCUUGAUAUUCUAAAAAGGAUACAUGUCCAUAUGUUUCUGGCAAGAUUUUAAGGACAUUAAAGAUCUAUAGGUAGGCAUCUCGGAUUAUGCGUACGGUUUUGUUCCUAAUUUUGAAGAAAAUGAUCUAUAUAAUGAAAUGAUAUGACAUGGAGAUAUUAGAUAUGAUGCGCACUUCAGUUUUUUAUUAUUAUUAUUAUUAUUAUUAUUAUCAUUAUUAUUAUUAUUAUUAUUAUUUAUCAUGUCAUCUCAACUUAUUAUAAUUUAUAUCAUUUUGAAGAUCUUAUGUUCUGAUAUUAAAUCAUUCAUUUACAUUACUUCAAAUAUCUAAACAAUUAUUUUUUUUCUUUUUUUUUUCUUUUCUUUUUAUUUUUUUGCCAUGGAUAUACAAAUAAUUAAAAUAAUUUAAAAUAGCAAUUCGUGCUUAUGUGAUUUAAGAAAAGGAUAUCGUAAAAAGUAUAUAUAUAUAUAUAUAUAUAAAAAAUUCUAAUUUAAAGAUUUAUUGUAUUAAUUUAGUAGGAGUGUAAUUAGUAUAUAAGGAGCUCGAUUGACUUAAAUGAAGCAUUUUAAUAGUGGUUUAAACAAAUUUUUAUCAUUUAUGUCAGAUCUGUCUAUUCAAUUGUAGCAUUAAAUUGAAUGUGAUUUACUGUUAUUGCAUUUAGAAAACGAAUAUAUUAUAUAUGAGAAUCUAGCAUUUUGGCAUUUCGAAAAAAGUGAAACUUUCUAUUUUGCAAGUGAUCGCGACGAAUCUAUUUUACUUUUGCUUUAUGAUACAUUAAAUGGUCAUUUCGUUAACGUAAUUACAUUCUUUUUUUUUUUUUCUUUUUUUAUUUUUUAUUUUUUUUUAUUAAACCUUGAAAGUCUAUUUCAAUGAUAAUAAAAUUCUACGAUCACUUACAAAACAGACACAUUUCUCCUUUCGAUAUUUUGUGUAUAAAGUUAGAUUUAUAUUUGUAAGCAAACAAAUAUGAGAUGUAUUUCAUAGCGAUAUAAGAGUAGAUUUUUAUUAAAUAUUGUA